ACCCAUUGUGGACAUGGUAAGUUUGUCGCCAUGUGACCCACUACUGGGUUUAAAAGCUUAUGGCCCAAAAGGGAAGGGCACAGUAUACAAUUCCCCAUUGAGCCCAGUCAGAAGUACACAUCGAACCAUCUGGGUGCUGCAUCUUAAACAUGUCAGACACAGAAGAUGCUCCGUACGAGGGACAAGGGGACGAGAAUGAUGGUGCAGAGGAAAGUGAAGGAGAAGAGGCAAAGCGCAAGUUAAAGCCUGGUUUUGUGCCCGGCUUGGCACCUCCCAAAAUCCCAGAUGGAGAAAAAGUGGACUUUGAUGACAUUCAUCGAAAACGAAUGGAGAAGGACCUGACUGAGCUGCACACUCUGAUUGACGCUCACUUUGAGAAGCGUAAGAAGGAGGAAGAGGAGCUUCUUAACCUGACAGAUCGCAUUGAGACACGCAGGUCAGAGAGAGCAGAGCAGAUGAAGAUAAGGGCAGAGAGAGAAAAAGAACGGCAGAACAAACAAGCUGAAGAAAAAGCGAGAAAGGAAGGGGAAGAGGCGAAGAAGAAAGCAGAUGAUGAUGCGAGGAAGAAGUUGAUUCUGUCCAACUUGAGUUUCACUGGAUACAAGACACAACCUGGGGCAAAAAAACAAACGGAAAGAGAAAAGAAAAAGAAGAUUCUAAACGAUCGACGCAAAGAGCUACAUGUUGAGCACAUGAAAGAGGACAAACUCAGGGAAAAAGCCAAGGAAAUGUGGGAAUGGCUACGCCAGCUGGAGGCCGAGAAAUUUGAACUUCAGUAUAAGCACACUAAGCAAAAGUAUGAGGUCACCGUGCUGAGAAACCGGGUCAGUGAUCAUCAAAAAGUUUCAAAGGGUAGCAGAAGCAAGCGUGGCCUGAGGAAGUAACACCUGACGCCAACCUGAGGGAAACUGGCAGCACCUGACAUGUAUAACAUAAACCGCAUAACAAUGUAAAAGGAUUACAAAAUGACAAGAUUGUUAACUCUAAAUCAAUGUCCUAGCACUAAAUCUGUCGUUUUCAGAGUACUACAAGUGAAAUUUGAGAAUAAUUAAUUGGUUCUUGUAUGUACGUGUACAUCU